CAAGUCAAAAUUUGUGCUUUGCUUUAAUUUGGAUUUGGAACAAGUUGGUUCGAUAGCUUCAGAAAUUUGUGAUUAAAAACUUAAUAUUAAUAGGAAUUUGACGAAUAAUUAUCAGUUACCCCUAGGUAGUAAAUAAUUACGAUGGCGGGUCAAAUUUUGUUCCAUUUGCUUGGGGCUUUACAGUUCGCCUAUGGGUGUUAUUACGAUCACACGUAUGUAAGACUCCCGGGCACGACUGGUGCAGGAUCCUUUGGAGGAAAGUUAAAGUUUUUAACUUUCAUUGAUGCCAUAAUUCAAACUGUGUACUUCACUGUGGCGCUAACAAACGAUGUUUGGGGCACCAACGAGCCGACGCCGUCAACGAAGCCACUGAUUCGACGCAUAAAGGACACCUUGUUUAGUACAUUAGCAUUCCCAGUGGCAAUGUUUGUUGGCAUCACUUUCUGGGGCAUUUACGCCAUUGACAGGGAGUUGAUUCUACCACAGAGAUUGGAUGCAAUUUUCCCAUCAUGGUUGAACCAUGUCAUGCAUACCAAUAUUGUUGCUUUUACUUUAAUUGAACUUCUAACAUCAUUCAGAAUGUAUCCACCGAGAAAUCAUGGUAUUUUCCUUUUGACCGCUUUCAUGUUAUGCUAUAUGGUGUGGAUACAUGUCAUCUAUGUCCAUACUGGAGCUUGGGUCUAUCCAGUGUUGGAAGUACUCAACUGGCCAUUGAGAGUUGUAUUUUAUUUGUUCAGUCUUGGAUUUGUAUUAUCACUGUAUGUUGUUGGAGAAAGCAUGAACAAAGCUGUGUGGUCUAAAGAAAUAGAGAAGACAGUUAAGUCAGGAAAGAAAAAAGCUAAGUAAUUAUGUAACAUUUAGUACAAAAUAGGGUUAGGAAAGUACUUGUAACUUAUUUAUUACUAAUUGGGAUGGUAAUAUGAUUAUUAUAAGUGGGAUGGUAUAUUGGUGCCCUUACAUAAAGAAGUGGUUGAUUGAUAAUGUUUUAUGGCUUGUGCUUACUAUAGCUGUUUCUUUAUGCAGUAUGUCUCAAUUUUUAAAUAAACUGGUUGUGAUCAGUGACAUAAUAGCAAAAUAAAGUAGCCUAUACUACUAAAUACGAAUAAUAAUAAUAUGAAUUCUGUUCUUACUACAGGAAUAGGUCUAGAUGUACCUAGAGCUCUAUCUGAUAGUAACCAGGCAUGUUGCAACCCAUACCUAGCGUUGCUUUGGGCAUUGUUAGUAAAAAGUCUCAAUCCUGUUACUCAUUUGUGUCUUUACGGAAUACAUUACUGAUACAGAGGCUCCCAACCUUUUUGUUUGGCCACUCUUUUAUUUUAUUAUAUGGUCCCUUUAAUAUUUUAUGAUAUGAUGGUAUAAAUCCAAGCAAAUGUAUAGAUUUUGUUAGUCAAGCCUGUGUCUGGGAACUUCUGUAUCAGACAUCAACAAUUAUACAACUAUUUAGAAAGCCUAGAUAAAUUAACAUGUUUUAAAAUGACCUAAUUUCCAAGUGUAGCUGUGAUAUGCUAUGCUAAACAUAUAAUAGCAUAGCUAUAAAAAUAGUUAAAUGACCUAGUCCUAGGAAAAUUUAAGCUUGUAAUAUGUCAAAUACACAAAAAAAUAUUAUGGGUAUUUUAACAAUAAUACAAGUACCAUGUAGUACAUGGUCCAAUAUGUUAGACCAAAAUUGUUAACAAUAGAGAAAUAUAAACCCAACAUUGUAAAGUUGGAUGGUUUUAAGAUUAGGUUUCAAUUUUAAUAUUGCCUGUGUUACACUCAGUAUUUUUAAUACAAGGUUAAGCCAAUCACAAUAAUAAAGGAAAUAUAUUUCCUUCCUUCCUGUAAGUGAGAAUGAAAUAAAGCUAUUUAGAAGCAAUCUGAUGAAAAACAAUUUAAUUAUUUGUAUGGGGUUGUAUUACUACAUUACUAAAUUGAUAUUUCCUUUUGAUUCUGAAAUUCCAAUCUCAAAUAAAAUUUAAAAGCAUUUCGGAAAAAACGUAAACUUACUCACAGUCGUCUUCGGAAACAUCAGUACAUACAAAGUUCUCACAAAUAUUUGACAUGGCUCAAAGUGAAAGGUCCAGAUGUUUUUGAGCAACCUGUAUAUAUUUUUGAUGGUGACUGAACACAAAAGCAAUAGGUACUUACGUCAAAAAUUACCUGUUUAACGGUGUGGCCUCGUCUAAUAUUGCUUGGUUCAUGUUUCAUUACUUUCGUUAAUAACCAGUGAACUAGAGAGCAUGUUUCAUUAUUUUAAUUAUGUAAAUUUUGGUCACAAACUAAUCUGGAAAUGUAGAAGCGAAGACCUAAGAUUUCUUUUAAGUUAAAGAUAGGCCUUUAUAUAAAUAUUAUUUUUAUAAUGAAUUUUAUUGAGAAUAGCAAUCUUUACAAUCCUAUUGUAGAACAGGGAUUGCCCGACUUUUAUUUCUAAACGGCCUAGCUUUCGCUCGCCAGUUUAUCGCGCACUCGCCCGGUAAGGAAAAUCCUUAUCCUACGGUGUGUUAGCCUAUAAAGAUUAAUACGUAACUCAUGAUUUCAUGACAAAUAUGUAAGUGUUCAUUUAGUCGCAUUUCUUGAAAAUUUGAGUUUGUUGUUUUUUCAGCAACUUUGUAUAAUUUAUAGUUAUUUAACGUUUUGACCGCCAAAGGCGUAUACUGACGACUGACGCGCACGGAUACAGUGUAAUAUAAGUAGACUUUCACACAUUCCAUUAAGGGUUGCGAUGGUUCGUUAUAUUUAAUAGAAGUGGCGUUAAAAGGGUUAAUAAUCUCUUGUAAUGCGUUAUGCAAUAUAUAUGAAAACUGCUGCCCACCUGUACUUGUAUCAUUAAUUUUCAGUACUUAUAAUUUUGUAAUGAAGUGUUCAUAUUGCUUAUCGGCGAUAGAAUAAGUCCAUCACUUGCUAAGUUUUGUUAAAUAAAGCAAUACUGUUUUUA